AACUCAAUCCGUCACAAUCUGUCCCUCAACAAGUGCUUCAUCAAGGUGCCGCGGCAGAAGGACGAGCCAGGGAAGGGGGGGUUCUGGAAGAUCGACCCUCAGUACGCCGAGCGCCUCCUGAGUGGCGCCUACAAAAAGAGACGAAUGCCCCCGGUCCAGAUCAACCCCGAGCUACAGAGCAGGCUCAGGGUCAACCCCCAGCCCCCGACCAGAGGCCCCACGGGCCUGGGCAUCAAUCCAGAGUCGCAGCGCCUCCUCCGGGAGUUCGAAGAGGCAACUGGCGCCGACCAGAACUGGGACCCGCAUCUGGCUGAGGGCACCAUGCUGGGCUCCUGGCCGGUGGUCAGAGGAAGAGGUGGGGUCAAGAGGAGACAGUCGCUGGGCUCCAGAAGUGGUGCGACCAAAGUCCUCCGGCGCUCCAGCUCCCCACUGCUCUCCGUGGACGAACAGAAGGAGAUUGGACCUCUGAAGGGGGACUUCGACUGGGACGCCCUGCUGGACUCCGCCCUCAGCGGGGAGCUGAGUUUGGACGAAGGAGAACCUCUGAGCCCCAUCAUGAAGGAGGAGGACUUGACUGUGCGGGGGACCCACAUCUCCCCCAUCAACGCCCCCGUGGGGACAGCAGACAUCCACGUGCUGGUGGAGACCCAGAGGAGUAACGACGUGUCGGACUUUGACGAGGAGACCUUCCUCGCCACGGCCUUUUUGGAGAACCCCUGGCCCGAAGAAGAGGAUCAGAGCCGCAGUGAUUUCCUGUGCAGCUCCGCCGUCAACCUGGAGCAGCUGUUUGACCUCGGAGACUCGUUGGACCCCAGCAGCCGGAUCGACACCCUCCUCUGAGGAACAGCUGCUGUCCAGGUCCUCGUUCACACUAAAGACCCUUUACUGUGGUGGAGUAGGAGAGGAUUCUUUUUUUACAGUAGCUCGUGUCGUCUCCGUCCUGUUGUUAAAAAGAUUUUUAGAUUAAAGUUUUGAUGCUGAUUCAUUCAACGAAGACGCCACGAUGUCCAGCAGCAGCUCAUCAACACAGGGAAACAACUGUGUGAAACCUUUUUAUGAACCAAAUGACUUCGGACGAACAAAAACUGACUUUCAAAUGAAAUGAAUCCGUGAAGUGUGCCCCCUGCUGGUAUCGUUUUACUCUCAGGAUUUUACAUCAAUUAUUUCAAUAUGGCGUGAGAGGAAAAACUCUGCGAGCUAACAAGUUUGCUAACUGUCAAUCAGCAGCAUGCACGUGCUAACGCGGACACAACGCCUCACUGCCAAUUCAAGCCUGUGGCCAACUGAGGUACUACAACAAAGUAAAAAAAGCAUUUCCCCCAAAGAGACUAAGUAAAAACGAUUACAACAAUAAUACGAUUCAACUCUUCACAGUUAUCGUUGUUAUGCAUUUGAAUCUUUGAAGGUUUUACAUUUCUAACAUGUUGGAGCACACGCGUGUCCAGCAGGAGAAACACUGAUAAAUACGACUUUUUCAUGUAACUGGCACGAUUUUGUAAUCUGGUUCGAGUCUGUAAAAUAAAACAGAAUCUUUAAUAACAAAAUCACUGGACAAGCUUGUUAGCUCGCUGGACGUCUCACGGCCCACAUGUCCUCCUGUCUCCUGACUGUAAAUCACACGUUGUUGAUAACGCUGUUUUAAAAGAUCAUAAUUCAUGUAACAUCCUUUAAACCAUAACUAUGAGAAGCAGCGGUGGAAAAAAAAACAAAGCUCAUGUCUCCAAAAAACUACAGACUCACAAUAUCAACAAAUGAAACCCUGACGUCAUUUUCCAUUUUGGACUCUUUCAGCUUUAACGGCACAAACUCUUGAACUGUGAGAUUUCACCACAAGGUUGUUCCAUGAGUUUGAAAUGGUUUAACAGGUCCGUGUGUUUACGUCAUUAAAACGUGUUUGUGUUGUUGCUGUGGCCACAUGUCGGACUCCUGCGGUAAAGAGGAAGAAGAAGACGAGAUCAUUUAUUCUAAGAUUCACGAAGUGAGUUUCAGCCGAAGCGUUAAGGUCGAAACACGUUCAGUAAAAACUGACAGCAGAACCACCAUGACGGAAAAUGAAACAUUUGCCAAAUGAUGUUUGGUGUAGAAGUGAUUUACUUUAUUAGCUGUAGGUUUAUUUUGUGUGUGGGGUUUUUGGAACUAACUAUUCUCUGUUAACAUUUUCAAAAUAAAUAGGACCAGUAGAUUAACAAUAGUUUUGUUCAAGAGGAAAUGGAGUGACCACUUUCUUUGACUUUCUAACCGAACAUUAGAUUUAAGGCGAGUUGAGGAAAUACCAGAACUUCACCUCUUCAAAGUUCAAAUGGACACAAACCUGCUUCAGGGAACUCCUCCGACAAAGAACCAUUAGGACGUUAAAAUGCUCGUAAAUGAAUACCUGACCUUCAAUGUGCCAAGAACAACACUUGGGACUCGACAGGGUGGCAGCGUUAAGAGGCUGCGUUUUUUAUCACGAGCAGGAAAUGUGUUUUUGUACUGGUGUGUGUGAGGAGGUUGAGCGAGUCAGUAAAUCUCAGCAAUAACCACGUGUGUCACGUGACCCCAUGAUAACACAAGUCUUCACUCUGUAGUUGCAGGAUUCGCAUUUUCAGACGUGAACUCCUGAGACAGUUCCUCUGUUUGUGUGUCGGCUCCUCUCGAUCGAAUAACGUUUAUAAACACACGUGUCUUACCUCAUGGUUGAUUGUGUGAAGUCAGAGACACCCGACGCUUUCUUUCACUGUUUUUAUUUUGUUUUCCACUUUUCUUUGACAAUAAAAAAGCUUA